AUGCCCCCAGCGGACACCACCGCAGUCGUCGACUCGACCAUCGAUAUCAGCCCCGAUGCCACCGACAAGAUGGCCCUGCGCGUCAAAUACCUCGCUCCCUCCUUCCCCCCGGAAACCCGGACCCGCACCCUCAUCGUCUCGAAGGCAGUCCUGAUGGAUGCGUCCACGGCCUUCAACCGUAGGCUCACCAACAACGCCUGGCAGGAAACGCAGCCUCUCACCGUCACGGGCUCCGCCCACCUCACCAUCGACAAGGCCCUGUACAGCGAGACGGCGUUUCUGGAGUUGAUGUACAUCCUUCACGGGCAGGACGUUGAUCCCAAGCGCUAUGAUCGGCUCAGUAAGCUCAUAGACCUGGCCACGGUGUGCGAUCAGUGGGGCUGCGAGUGGGAUCGGGUGCCCGACAUGGGCACCAGCAUCGCCCUGGCCCUGAGAAAUGAUCCGUACUGGGUCGACCUCGACACGGCCAUGGAGUGGGCCUGGGUGGCGUGGUUCUUCUGGGAGACGGACGUCUUCGAGCAGGCCACGGCGUAUGUGAUCGGGCAUUCGGAGAAUAGAAUCAGUGCUCGUCCGCUUCGCCUCCCCGAAAAUGUGUGCGCGUUGAUGAACGAAUGCUGCGAGCUCUCCAUCAUGGUCCUUCUCGUGCCUCUCCGGGACCGCCGACCCAAUUCCGAACCCUAUCGCGGCUCGGACCGGUGCAUGCGCGUUAUCAAAGCAACGAUCCCCCAGCUGCACCAGGAGGGGGGGUCGCUGUAUUCGUUGCCUGGGCACCCGUAUGCGGGGUGUGGCUUUAGGCAGCUGAGCCGUGCGUUGUCCCGCGAUGUGCCUCAGGAGCUGGAGUGGGAUCUGAUGCGCUACGAGCCAUACUGGCAGUGCUUGGGGCCUCUUAGGACCUUUCUUUCUGGGCUGCGAUCCGAUGAGCUGCUGGGACAUGGACAGCAAUAUGGGGUGGUGCGAUUAUAG